AUGCAUGCAGCAUUUCAUUAAUCCACUUCUAAAACAAGUUCUUCUUCUAUUAUUGUGGUCAUUGCCUUCGUUUUGUAAUUUGUAAUCUUGCUGCAUUUAUAUUCGAGAAAUGGAUAACAUGACUGCCUAUUUUCCAUACCCAUUGCACCAUUGCAAAAUCCUUCACUUGGUGAGGCAUGGACAAGCGAUGCACAACGUUGAAGGAGACAAGAAUCGAGAUGCUCUGCUUUCCCCUCACCUAUUUGACGCACAACUCUCUCCCCUUGGCUGCGAACAGGUUGAUCAACUCCGGAAGCAUUUUCAUGCGAGUGGACUCCUUAACAGGAUCGAUUUAGUCAUUACUUCGCCAUUAUUAAGGGGCUUCGUCCUUGUGACAGGAGGAGAAGGGUUGUGGACACGACCGGAGAAGGAGAUUGCAGUGGUAAGCCAUGGGAUAGUUUUGCAGCAAAUGCUGAACGUUCUUGGAAAUGACUGCAAUAACACCAUACGAACUACCCUAUGCAAACGAUUUGACAAUGGUGAGCUUCGCUCGGUGGUAAUCGUGGAUAAAACCGGCGGCAUGCAGUGAAGAAGGAAGUUGACAUCUGAUUAGCCAGGCUUUAGAAUUUUGUUUGUUUAUUUGUUUUUUAUCCAUAGUGAUUUCAUCCAAUUAGAAAAAAAGGAAGGAAAUAUUGAUUAAUAACACAUUGUAACCAUUCUUCUUGUUCCUUUUCUUCAUUUAAGAAUUUAAGUAAGUCAGUUUCUUUCAAUAAUAAUAAAAAGUCUCGAAUUCG